AGAGACAAAAUUAGCAUAAAAAAGAAGCAUUGUUCAAAUAAUGAGCAGCACAAUCUUCAUGCAAAUAACAGUGGUGCAAGUUGGACAGUUUUUAGAAAGCAUCCGGCAAAGAGUUCCUCUUUUACACACUGUGAUUUGCAGAUAGAGUUGUCCUCGAAAGGAUUGUGUGUCCAUAAGCAAGAUACUUUGUGGCAAUUGCUCUUCUUCAACCACAGGAGAUGGAACCUGACUAUCAGUGACACCACAAUGGAGCAAUACAGAGCACUGCAGGAUUCUUGAGGAAGCAUACAGGGAACUCCUUCUCCCCUACAAAGUAAUGAACUGUCUUCCUCAUUGGCAAUGGUAUUCUGCAACAAACAAACCCGUAGAAAAUGGCCUCCAACCGACGAUGUUGACAACGGAAUACAAUGUAAACAACAGCCGCUUUAGCUCCAAAUUAAUUUUAAGGUGGCAGUCUUUCCCUUGAUGUAAGAUGACAAGUCCAUUAGCCAACCUAAGAAAACCAAGGAAAGCACCGCUACCUGGUGUUCCUCAGACUGGGCAAAGGGCAGCCCCGUUCAGAAAUCCCACUGAUGUUUUUGAUGAUGACGAGUCACUACUGGAUGAUGUCCUGGGCCGAUCAGUCUCUCGUCAGUCCAGUGUGUCCACCAGCCGGAGUGACACCAUCGGGGGAAGGGCCAUCAAACACCUGCCCAAACUCACCAAGGACACCAAAGCUGCUCCGUCUGACUAUGAACUCAUGACUGGUAUGAUGAGCCGCAUUGCUAAGUUAGAACUGCAGAUCCAGUUCUACGCCAAGGAGAUUCUGGAGAAGGAUAAGAAAAUCAGCAUUUUAGAAGAGAAGACAAAACUUUUGCAGAAAUACAAAGGAGAUGCAGAUCCAGACUCGACCAGAGUGCGAGAUCUGGAGAGGAAAUGUCAGGAACUGCAGCAAACCAUCAAAGACAUGGAAGAUUUUUUGUCUGACUAUGGAAUGAUCUGGGUGGGCAAUGCUGAUGCUGACACGGUAGAGAGCACAGAGGGCAGAGUCUAUGAUGAGUUGGCUGAACCGGGGCACACGUCGCGACUUGGCGGCGUCUGGAGACCAGGGGCAUCAGUUGUACAGUCUGAGGGCCCCUUUCACGUUGAUUUUGAUCGCAUCAUCAAGAACAUCAAAGAACUCAACAUCGUCGCUGGCGACGGAGAGAAGCGCAUCCGGCACACGGUCAGUGGGGCUCGGUUUGUGGCCCCAGACACGGUACCCCUCACCCUCUACGCCAACGGGAUAUUCAUGUUCAACGGCCCCUUCAGGUCUUAUGAAGAGCCAACCACGCAACGCUGUAUACAGGAUCUUAUGGAUGGCUACUUUCCCUAUGAGUUGAAUGCUAGGUUCCCAGAAGGAGUUCCAUUCCAAGUAACAGACAAACGGGACACAGUCUACAACGACCCACGAAGCAUCAAGCACUUCCCUGGCACCGGUAACCUCCUGGGUGGAGAAAGCAAACCCUCCCGGCUGGUACCUAGCAACCUGGACAAGGGGACCAGUAUGGAGAGAUCAUACACAACAAGCCACGAUGGUAAACCAGUGUAUGAGACCAGCCAACCACCAAAGCCUCAACUUUCAGUGGACCAGUUUCUGAACAAGCUGCCAUCUUCCAUAAUCAAGGAGGGCAAGGUCAUUGACGUCAGAGCCUCGCUGGCUGGAGACUUGCAGCAUGAUAACACGAAGCCUGGCGUCACAGUCAUAGACACCCCCGCUGUCCAAGAAAUCCUGGAACGCGUCAGCAGCAGCCGGCCCCAGUCUGCGUCAUCCUCUCGACCCCUGUCAGCCCGUAGCAGCAUCACCACACUCCGAGUCAAGACGGAAACAGGGGAGCACACCUUCAUCCUGAAGCUGCGGUAUACAGACACGAUAGGGGAUGUUCGCCAGUAUCUGGAUGCUAAAAGGACAUUGGGGUCCAAGGACUAUGAGAUAGUGACGACCUUCCCGGCCAAGGUCUACAACGACCAAGAUGCAACCCUGCAAGAGUGUGGCUUGACACCCAAUGCCGCACUGCACCUAAGGGCCAAGAAGAAGUAAAGUCAUCUCCAAAUAUUCUUACUAAUGCUGGGAAUAACACAUUCACCUAUUUAUGCCACAUGCUAGCCGCUGCUGCCACUUUCCACAGGUGCUUGGGUUUUAUUUUCCAGUUGCCCUCAGCUGAUUCAGGCAAAAAAACUUGAACGGGGAUGGCAUGCCAUGAUUUGUCCUUGGGCAGGACACUUUGCCACAAUUGCUUCUAUUUCCACCCAGAAAUAAAUGGGUACCGGUUGGAGGAGGUCUAUGUAAUGCAUUUGAAUGAGCCAUUUUGCACAGAGAUGGCAAUGUGAAGCGUUAUGAUCCUUGGUGGAGCAGAAAUAGUCAGGACAAUGCAUUACCGGCAUGGCGAGCAGUUAUAAGAAUGGUACAGUGGUGGAUUGUGCACUUUUUGUAGUGAUAACUAACUCUGUUUUGGGACCAUUGCAAGCAGCAUGAGUUCACAUACUGAAAUCUGUUCAGGUAGCACCUCAAAAAGGCUGGAGAAAACCACAAAGAAUACCCCCUUUUUCUCGGUUUGGAGCAUAUAUAGUACAUCAUGUCCCUGUUUAUUCUGAAGAUACCUCCAUGUGGGACUACUGAGUUUUGUUUGGGUAUGCUGAUGAAUAGAAAAUUACAACAAAAACACAACCUAUUUGAGCUUUGGAAUAUUGCUUGGUUCGGUCUAGAGCGUGCUAUGCCUGGGUGCUUUCCUGAGAGAAGAAAAUGAUCCAGUAUUUGAAGUGCUUCCUGGAAUUACUAAGGGUAUUUGAUUUAAAUGGUCUAGAGCCAAUACUCAUCUGCUUAGGGAUACCAGGAUAGUGCCGUCAACCAUGCACAUUCAUCAUUAGUCUGACCACAAAGGUCUUGCCUCUUUAUUAAGUGUCCUGUCUUCUGUGCCAACUUUUUCUUCCUUCUCCUGUGAUGCAAGACGCCUAUUUCUCUUUAUGUUGGUGUACAUAUCAAGACUGUAACAGCAAAAGCAAUUCUAAUUCUGAUUCCAUGUUUUUGCUAUCUCUGAUGUUCCGUCCUUAUCUUGCACUUGCAAAGGCCCAUGUGCCUGCUUUUUUAACUGUCUUGAUUCUAUUCAACAGAUGUGUUUUAUUUUAAAAUCUUUCAUAUAAUUAUGUCCAGUGAAGUGAUGGUGUUUUACAUAUAGUGACUUUUGUGAAGGACCAAAUUCAAAAGUAUCUCAUAUGGUAUAAAUAUAAUAUAUGGGUAAUUCCAUAAAUUAGUGGUCCAUCUUUUUCUGUGUCCCUGUUACAUCUGACAUAUGAUUUUGUAAGUUCAGAAUACAUUUUCUUUUUUCAAAAAGUGAUGAAUUAAUGCAAAUUACCUGCCAAACAAAUGGUAAUACUUUGAAACCAAUUCCAGCGAUAUUUCCAAGUCAAAUAACAAAGGUCAAAUGUAAUAGGGACACAAAAAUGUCACACUUUUGGACCCCUAAUUUCUGAAAUUACUCAUAUACCAUUCUACAUGUGUGUGCAUAACAAUACAAAGAAAUAUGAAAAGGGGUAUAGCAGUGAGUCAAAACUUGUCUUGUAAUAAUUCAUUAGUGCAAGAGACCUGUUCUCAAGGAACUCGGUCAGGAGUUUUUCAAAUGUUUCACGCAGGAACAGUCCAUAUACUCGAAAAUAUUCUGUCCGUGUCUUUAAUGUUUUUACUCUCUUUUCAGAUGCAUUCCAAGACUAGCUUUAUUCUACACUUUACUGCAAAGUGCCUUGUUAGUCGACCGUCCACACAUUUUACUAUUUAUUGAAGCAAUAAUGAAAUGCAUUUGCUACAUUUUAUUUGCUACAAAAUCGUAACUUUGUGAUAGAGUUUGAAGUCAUAUGAUCUAAAAUAAAACAUAAACCUUGAAAAGAACAUUU